AUGUAUGAGAUCGAAAAUUUAAUUUUGAUCCUGGCCAAUCUCAAGCAUUUUGAACUGGAUGCUGUAAACAGUGCAACCGAUUUAGCUGAUGGUCAACGAUUGGAAAAAAUCACUGGUCGGCUUGUCACGUUUAAUUUCAUUUUUCUUUUGACAAUAACUGAAGUAGAACAAGUUCUAGGUGGUUUUAGAACCUGGUUUUGGCGCGAAAAACGAUGGUUUGUAGUUUACGAAAAUGCAGCUCUUUUUACAGUACCACGCUUCGCACAAACACAUUGCAUUGACAGUUUUCAACGACCUUUCUAUUCAACAUGUGUUGAUGAAAACAUUUUUAUUAACAAAAUAACUAUGCUUGAAUUAUCAAAGUCAUUAGUUGAUGCUAAGCAUUAUUUUCCUAAUGUUCGAACACUGAAUAUCAAGUGUGACGUCGUUCAGCUCGAAAAUCUCACAUUUGUGAUCGAUAUCAAUCGAUUGGAGCAUUUAAUACUGUCAUUUCCAAUUCGAUCCUCAAUGCUGGAUGUUCAUAAACUUCUAAAUAUGCACGGAAUUCGAAAAUUGUCGAUAAUGACAGAUUCAGUUCAACUUCUAGAACAAUUCAAAGGAAUGCAAUUCAAAAAUAUCACAACACUUGAAAUCAAAUCUGAAAAUGAAUUCAGGAAAGCAUUUAAUGUUGAACAAUUAUGCUCCAUUUUCCCACUGGUUGAGCGCCUAAACGUUAAGCCCAUCAAUAAAGAAACUAUUAUUCGUAUGACUGAUGGAUUUUCACAUCUAUCCAAUGCAUCUUUCUAUCUUGAUCUGGUUACCUGGGGAGAAACAGCUGCUUGGCAGGUGAAACCUGAAAGAGCACUUUAUGCAACACGACAAUUACUGAAUUCUGCUUAUACUUGUCGAUAUAAGAAUCGAUGUUUGCAUGCAUGGAUCAGUAAACAGGUGAGUCAAUUUUUACUAAAAGAGACUUAA